AUGUCCUGCUUGCACGCGUGGGUCGAACUCAACCGUCACACCCCCUUGGCGGCGGCGGUGGCGGCGGGACGACUCAACGUGCCUCCCCGGAUCGGCACCAGCGCACCACUCGAGGCGAUCAUCCCCAAGCCCGUGGCCCGCUUCGCAAUGGAGCAGCGCCUUCCGGACCCGGUGCUUCCACAACAGGCGAGCCAGUAUACGCUGCUGAACAUGGCUCGCCCCUACACAGUCCGUCGCAUCCGCCGGGUCCUGAACGCGAAGGCAUUUACCAACAUGCUCGGGCUCAAGGGACCACCGCAGCCGGACGACCUCAGGAGCUUCUGGAAGGCAGUCAACUCGAAGGCACUGACAGCGAGGGAGAGGGAAGUUUGGUUCAAGCUGAUCCUCCGCUUCACCCCGACGCGCAAGCUCCAGCACGAGCAAAAGCACGACACUUCUCCCGCGUGCCUCGUCUGCGAAGCGCCGGUGGACGACACCGAUCACUACUUCUUCGGCUGCUUCGACUCGCGAAACGUCUGGAUCGCGGCGAGGGGCGUGCUCUGCGACGCGCUCGGAUGCGACACGAUCGAGGACGCCGAGUACACGACGCUUCAACGACUCUUUGGCCUCCCCAAGCUCAAGGCCAAGCUCAGCGCACAGGAAGGCGCGGGCAGGACGAUCGAGAUCUUCACGGGGAUGGUUUUGGAGAUGAUCAGCAGUGGGAGAUGGAGGAUGCAGAAGCACGGGACGAGGAUGGAAAGCGUGGAGAGGAGGAGGGUGGUACUGGAGGAGAGGAUGAAGUUGAGGGCGGGAGGAGCAAGAGGCAGGCGAGUGCAGUAG